CACGUCUCUAAGAUCUCUCAUCACUGCAUUUCAAAGUGCUACAUAGACUUUCAAGUUUCUAGCCAUUUUUUGUAGUUCACUUCAGACUUCUAAGCAACAUGGAGGCCCUCACUUUCACUGAGGAGUUUACUAGCACUGUCCAGGCAGGGAGGUUGUUCAAGGCUUUGAUUCUUGAUGCUCCUAACCUCAUCCCCAAGCUGAUGCCUGAAGCCAUUAAGAAUGUUCAACUGAUUGAAGGGAAUGGUGGCCCUGGAAGCAUUCAGGAGAUUACCAUUGCUGAAGGUGAUAAAAUCAAAAGCUUGAAGCAUAGAAUUGAUGCAAUAGACCAAGAGAAAUUGACAUACAGUUACGCAGUUAUUGAGGGGGAUGCUGCACUGGAAAAGGUGGACGCAAUUUCACAUGAGAUUAAGUUCGAGGCCACUGAAAAGGGAGGUUGCAAGACUAAGAAUGUGAGCAAGUAUCAGCCCAAACCAGGGGUUGAUGUCAAAGAGGAGGAUUUCAAGGCUGCAAGGGAGGAAGGCUUGGCUCUCCUCAAGGUGGUGGAUGCCUAUCUUGUGGCAAACCCAGAGGCCUAUGCUUGAAGUGAUCUUACAUAUAGGGCACCUUUGCUUUACAUUAUAAUAUCAUGUUCUCUAAAUUCAGCCUUUAGUCUACUUUGGAGCCAACUAUGAUAUGGCUUAUAAUAAAAUUUUUGAGUUACUUUGAUGGGUCUUGAUAGUUGAUAGUUAAGGUGCUAGAAAUAUGGAAGAUUAUAAUAUCCACACAAUAGUGAAUUGGGACCCUUCUUUUCCUUUUUUUUA